CGCAGCAUGGCGGGGCGCAGCCUGCGGCCGCACGUGCACUGGGCGCAGCGGCACGGCGAGCUCUACCUGCGCGUGGAGCUCAGCGACGUGCAGAACCCGGACAUCACCAUUACCGACAACGUGCUUUAUUUCAAAGCUCAGGGACAUGGUGCCAAGGGGGACAACAUCUAUGAGUUUCAGAUUGACUUCCUAGAGCCAGUUGAGCCUAAACCCCUGUACAAGGUGACUCAAAGGCAGCUGAACAUCACGGUGCAGAAGAAGGAGAGCGGCUGGUGGGAGCGGCUCACCAAGCAGGAGAAGCGCCCGCUCUUCCUGGCUCCGGACUUCGACCGCUGGCUGGACGAGUCGGACGCUGAGCUGGAACUCAGGGAGAAGGAAGAAGAAAAGAUUAACAAAAUGAAAAUAGAAUCCAGAGUCCCAAAAGACCCUUUCAAACACCUGAAGAAAGGAUACUUAGUCGUAUAUAAUCUUGUACAGUUUUUGGGAUUCUCUUGGAUUUUUGUGAACAUGACAGUACGACUGUUCAUCUUAGGAAAAGACUCCUUCUACGACACAUUUCACACGAUCGCUGACAUGAUGUAUUUCUGUCAGACCCUGGCAUUAAUGGAGAUCAUGAAUUCACUCAUAGGACUAGUCAGGUCACCACUCUUACCUACUGUAAUCCAGGUAUUUGGAAGAAACUUUAUUUUGUUUGUUGUCCUUGGAAGCUUAGAAGAAAUGCAGAGCAAAGCUGUGGUGUUCUUCGUGUUUUAUUUCUGGAGUAUCAUUGAGCUGUUCAGGUAUCCCUUUUAUAUGCUUUCGUGCAUUGGUAUUGAAUGGAAACCACUCACCUGGCUCCGUUACACCACCUGGAUCCCUCUCUACCCAUUAGGAUCCUUGGCAGAAGCUGUCUCUAUCGUGCAGUCGAUUCCCAUCUUCAGUGAAACGGGGAAAUUCAGCCUGGCAAUGCCAAAUCCUCUGAACGUCACGAUCCAGUUUUCAUUCUUGCUUCAAGUAUACCUUAUAGCCUUAUUUUUAGGGCUAUUCAUAAACUUCCGGCAUCUCUACAAGCAGAGGAGAAAGCACCUUGGACCAAAGAAGAGGAAGAUGAAGUAAAGGAGGACUGCACUGCUCCUCACCUAACUUAUCUCAGUGAUAAGAUAAGCCUCUAAUUCUUACGGUUUUAUCCACUGCAAUGUAAAGAAUUUUGUAAAGUUAAAUCAUAUUAGAUUUCAUAGUGAAUUCGGGUAACAUCCCCAGAUACUGUCUUUUCUUCUGUUUCAAUCAUAUAUAUGCAUGGCAUUUAUCAUGAGCAGAAACAUUUAAACUUGUGUCCCAUCAGUACCAUAUUAGAAAGAAAUCCUAUUAUCUGCAUAUGAUAUGCUUAUAAACAGUGGAACAGCACUAAGUAGAAGUACUGUUUAUCUUUGGAUUGGAUUGGAUAUUUGCUCUUCGAUAUUGCAUGCAGAUAGGGCUUCUGAGGUGGGAGAUGGUGUCCCACACUGUCCCCAGGGUGCCAUUUCGAUGGCAGGAGGAACAGCCUGAGACCACGAGGAACAGUAUUUGAGUAUUUACUGAUGGUUGAGGUAAAUAAGCUGUGCCCCCUUCCCUUCUUUAUGGGAGCAUGCUGCUGCUGUUCAGUUUAAAACUGGAACUAGUGAUGUCAGAUUAGAUGCUACCAGCUUGCUCUGUUUCUAGUUUAGUCUUAACAGAGUAGGAGCACGAUGGGGUCCCCCGCAACAACUGUCCCCAGGCAUCAGAGGAAGGAAACUGCCAGCCUGUCACGGGGCCAGAAAUGCUUCCCUCAUUGCUAAGGCAAGCACUGAAAUAGAGUAAAACAAGAACCAUGGGUUAUGAGCUUACUCUGAGCAUGCAAACCCCAGGCGAACUCCAUCCAGGGAUGCGGAGGGAGAAACAUCUCACGGGGCUGGGAGAGGCACAACCUGGAACUGCUCCUGGAGAGUGGUCGCCACUGCUCCUUCCUGCUAGGGCUGCAGCUCCUGCAGUUACAGCCUUAUGAAAGGCAGCGGGGAUUGUUUUCAUUCUUCCUAAAUUUAGGAGUGAAGCUGAGAAAUUGGCACGUAUGCUUUGUUAGACAGCCCCUGAUGAACAGGGCGGUGGUUCUAAUAAGCCAUGGAUUAUUUUGAUAAAAUUUGUACCAAAGUUUAACAAAGGAGAUCCCACAUAGGGCUUGAAGGUAUCUUUUUUCUCCUCUGUUUGCUUUAAACGAUGGGAAAAUACAAGACAAAUUCUAGGUCAUCCCUUCUUUCAUAUGGAAACAUUUGUUUCAGUUGACUUUGGUUCAGGACGUGCUUCCUCACACCUCACUUCCCAAACUUGAUUCCAGAGCCCCCUGGCCUCCUCAACCCACUUCAGCACAAGUACAAUAAGCUUAUUCUAAAACACUGUUGCAGUAGAACAGGCUGCAUCCUGACUGCUCCUGCAAUGCCAGCAAUCCAGAACAGGCACUCGAGUUGAGAUUAGCUUAGUGCCAUUUUUCUGUCCAAGUUACUUUCUUUUUUUACUACUGUAAAACAAUGUGAAUCCUACAGAAAAUUAUCUUCAAUGCCUAAAAGUAACGAAGAGCUCACUGUGUGUGACCUGGCCCCAGGCCCCUUGCCACUCUGAAGAGAGGGAUUAUGUUUAUAAGGAGAUUUUUUAAACACAGAAUGGGUAUGAACUCCAGGCUGUCUUUCACCACUGCUUUUCUGUCAACCAGUGGCACGAGGAAUUUGCUUUUCAGAGAUCUCACUCAAGGGCUUAGGCUCAAAGGAGACUGCAGAUAGGUUCACUCAGAAGAGCUGGGCAUUACUGACUCUUGCACCACAGCGUACACUGUACUUUGGUAUGUUUGAAGUGUGUCUAGGGACCCAAUGGUUGAGCAGUGGAACAGCAAGGAUCACUUUUAUACUUC